AAUCAAUCAAAAUCACAUCCAUGCAAAGGAAGGGGGAGAAAAAGGCUUAAUGCGUAUUUCACUAUAUCGUCCAUUAAACAAAUUUACGCCACACCCACACACACACACCGGUCUUUACAUACUUCCAUCCCCAAAAAAACACCCCCUCUUCCCUCAUAUCUCACCCAUUUCUCCGCCGCUCAUCCAUCUCCGGUGGCGUCGCCUCCGUUAAUUGUUUCACCAACACAUCGGAGUUUACAUAUACAGAGAGGUUUCCGGUUAGUAAUUGGUGGAGAUGUAUAAGAAUCAGCUGCAAGAGCUAGCGCAGAGAAGCUGCUUCAACCUCCCAUCUUAUACGUGCAUCAGGGAAGGACCUGACCACGCGCCGAGGUUCAAGGCCGUCGUUAAUUUCAACGGCGACUCCUUUGAAAGCCCUAACUAUUUCUCCACUCUCCGUCAGGCUGAGCACGCCGCCGCUGAGGUCGCUCUCUCUUCCCUCUCCUCCCACUCCCUCGCCGCUAGAAUCCUCGAUGAAACUGGGGUUUACAAAAAUCUAUUACAAGAAAUCUCACAAAGAGUCGGUGCACCAUUGCCACGUUACACAACUUACCGGUCCGGUUUAGGACACCUACCUGUGUUCACCGGAAUAGUCGAACUCGCCGGAAUUACAUUCACCGGUGAACCCGCGAAAAACAAAAAACAAGCGGAAAAAAACGCUGCCAUGUCAGCAUGGUCAUCUCUCAAACACUUGGCAAAACAAGAUGCGAGUUCUUCGACUGAACCGGAGAACAACGAUGAACAGGAACAAAUCAGAAUCGCGAGAGCACUUAUGAAUUACAAAUUAAAACAAAAAAUUGGAAAAGUCAACUACGUUGACCACCACCCAAUACCUUUUGAUAAAAAAUUCACUACACCUUCACCUCGACCACCUAGCCCACAACGACCACCGUUAACGUCGUCAAAAAUACUUCCAUUCUUGUACCAAAAACAUGAACCAUCAUCAUCAUCAUCAUCAUUACCAUCAUCAUCAUCUCCAUUACCAUCAUCAUCAUUACCAUUGCCACAUCAAAACCAAAACCAAAACCAAAACCGCCCGGCUUAUGUUCCGAUGCGGUACUACAGGCCGCUUGCACCGCCGGUUACUAUGAGAACCGCGGUGCCGGUUUUCUCUGCACCGCCUGUUCGGCAGGUGGUGCAGAGUAGACCGGUGAAGGUGGCACCGCCUAUCUGUGUGAGACAGGCGGUGCCGGUGUUUUCUGCACCUCCCCCUCCCACUCCGGUUAAGAAAGAGGAGGGGUUGAAGGUAAACGAGUCUGAAGCAGUUAAGUGUCUAGAAAAUCUUAAAUUAUGA